AUGUCGAGUUUAUCUACCACGGCCAUUCAGAGCCUUGAUGAGGCUUCUAGGAAAGAGAUUAUGCAGUUUGUUGAGUCUGAACAGUCCAAGUCGAAGGUGCAGCUGUCGAUCCAUAACUUUACAGAUAUGUGUUUCAAAAAGUGCAACAAGGAUAAGCCAAUCACCAGUGCUACGUUAGACGGACAAGAGGAGGCGUGUCUUAAGAAUUGUUUGAACCGGUUUUUAGAUACAAAUAUCAAGGUUGUUGAGGCGUUGCAAGGCCGUUAG